AAAAAUAACCCCUCCAUUAAACCCGUCCCCUCCUCCUCCUCCUCUGUAUCCACCUCCCCCCACCUGGAUUCCGCCUCCUCCCCCUCCCCCAACCACCGCCGCCGCCGCCCGGCUCUCGAAUCCGAGGCCGUCCGUCGCCGCUCGCGGCGCCCGCAAUGCCGCGGGGGAUCCCGAAGCGGAGGCGCCAGCCGUCCCCUGUCGCCGCCGCGGGGGAGCGGAAGCUUCUUCCGGGCGACCACGUCGAGGUCUUCAGUUUUGAUCGAGGGCUAUGCGGAUCAUGGCACCAGGCUGUUGUAAUUGAAACUUUGGACAACUUCCGCUCUGUAAGAUAUGUCGAUUUUGUUGAUGACAAUGAUGGCGGGUCACCUCUUAUUGAGAGAGUUGAGGUGUCAGAUGCUAUCGAUGGCAAGUCAAGUGCGGCUCAGGGAUCCACUCGUGGAAAAAUAAGACCCGUGCAUCCACAUCAACCGCUGCAGAUAUCUGAUGCAAGCUAUGGACUGUGGGUUGAUGCACUAGUGGAAGGAUCCUACUGGGAGGGUGUCAUUGCUGAUCACGCUGAAGGCUCCAUGCAGAGGAAGGUCUUUUUUCCUGAUGAAGGUGAUGAACGCAUUAUGGCAGUCGAUCAGCUACGCCGUACUCAGGACUGGGAUGAAGUUACUGGAACAUGGAAACCGCGCGGAAUCUGGUCGUUUCUCCAAAUGCUUAUGUCACAUGAAGAGAAAGCUGGUUUACCUGUAUCAGUCAGGCAGAUAUGGUAUGACCUGAGAUCAAUUCUUUCCUUGACGUCAGGAGACAAUAUGUGGAUGUGUGGAACAGAAUCUUUUUGGGAGGGAUCACUUGCAGCCCUUAUUGCAGAAUUACAGUCUGUAUGUGACAGACCUCCCCAAGAUGGAAAUCAAACAAGAGAUUCUUGUAGAUCAGCAGAAACUUCAACAUCUGCUGCCUUUCAAAAUAAGAAUGUUGAGCCCAUUGUCUCGGAUAAGCUGGAUUCCACAUCAGCUGCUAUCUGCCGGACCAUGUUAGAAUUCAUCUCAUACUAUCGCAACAAUGACAGGAUAAGUGCUCGUGCCAAACGGGAGUCUGCAAAGUGCUAUCUUAAAUCAGUAGGGUGGACCUUUGUAGAUGAUAGAGCUAAGAACAAAUAUUGUGUCUCACCUGAUGGGAAGCGGUUCACAUCUUUUAUAGCAGCAUGUGAGGCUUACCUGGCAGAGCAGGAGACAAAAUAUGAUCCCCAGGGUUGUCAUACAAAUAAUUUGCUUCUACAAAGCGUUACUCAAAAUAAUGAAGAUUGCAACAAAUUUGGCACAGAUCUUAUCCUAAGGGAGAACAAACACGACAGUAAGUUUAGUACGGAUGCCCCAGCUUCUUGGAUGCCAAUACAGCUAGAUGCAAAACUUUCCCCGCCGAUAGCAUCGAUGCUUGCUAGUUACCAAGAGGUCACCAGUUUUUCCCAGGGACACAUUAGUGACAUCAUAAGGAUGAAUCUGAAGAAGCAUCUCCUGGCAUUAGGUUGGAGUAUUGUGUUCAAAGAAGACGAAAUUAUAAGGCCUAACGGCCAACCAAGUAUUAUUAAGAGAUACCGGUACAAGUCACCUGUCGGGAAGACUUAUGUUUCUUUCCUUCAAGUACUCAGGAGCUUCGCAGUUCAAUGUAUUAAACGAGUUAAAGGGAACAAUACUGAAGACAUUCCUGAUAAUCACAAUUAUUUGGCAGCACACGGAGUAAAUCUGGACGCAUCAGUUUCAAGGGAUCUGGCAAUACUUGGCAAACGCAAACGUGAAUAUAAAUCUGAUGUUGUUGGAAAAUAUGUGGAUUAUGUGGAAGCAGAUGUGCAGAAUGACAGGAAAAAGAAACUUCUGAGAUCAAAAGCUAAGAAAUUCCUCAAAUCUGCUGGUUGGAUAGUCCGCCAAAAGAUGAAGUCUAGUAAAAAACGGAAGCUUCGGUAUCAUUCUCCACAUGGCAAGUCCUACAAAUGUCUGCUGGCAGCAUGUAAAGGAUACUUAGAGCAAGAUCUAAAGGAGAAUAAUGCAAGCUCUGGGAUCACCACUGAUACGUUUAUAGCACUCGGUGGCGGAGCAAGGGAUACAAGUGGAAGAAAGGACCCGCUGGUUUCAGUUUUAGAUAGACAUGAUGGCUUGUUUACCUGGCCUACAUGUCAUGUAAAAUCAAAGAAAAGAAAAUCAUCUUCUGUUACUAUGAGCCAUGCACGAGUUUUGAGUUCAACACAUGGACAGAUCCUGCCAUAUCAACAUCGUGCUAAAACCGUUCUGUCUCUGUUGGUAGACAAAAAUAUUCUAUUACCAAGAGUUAAACUUACUUAUAAGCAAAGAAGUGACGGGCCUCGGCUAAAGGAAGGUGCCGUCACUAAAGAUGGAAUAAAAUGCAGGUGUUGCAAUGAACUAUUCACUCUGGAAAGCUUUGAGGUUCAUGCUGGAUGCAGUACUCGGUUACCUGCUGCUCAUAUUUUUUUGAAGGAUGGGAGGCCCCUUUCACAGUGUUUAGUUGAAUUGAUGGGUGAAAACAAGCCCAAAGAAUCACUGCACGUGCGCUUGAAGACAAAUUAUUCCGAUACAGAAAGUGAUUCUAUAUGCUCUAUAUGCAAUGAGGGUGGGGAAAUAUUACUUUGUGACAAUUGUCCUUCAUCCUUCCAUCAUGCUUGUGUUGGUUUGGAGUCCACUCCGGAAGGAAGCUGGUACUGUCCAUCUUGUAGAUGUAGUAUUUGUGACUCGAGUGAUUAUGAUCCUGAUACCAACAAAUUCACCGAGAAGACUAUUAUGUACUGUGAUCAGUGUGAACGUGAAUAUCAUGUUGGUUGCAUGAGAAACAAAGGUGAUCAGCUCACCUGCUGCCCAGAAGGGUGCUGGUUUUGCAGUAGGGGAUGCUCCGAGAUAUUUCAGCAUUUGCAAGGGCUUAUAGGGAAAUCAAUUCCAACUCCUGUCGAGGGCUUAUCAUGCACCAUACUGAGAUUUGACAGAGAAAAUGCCAGUCAGCAUGGCGAUUUUUACAAUGAGAUAAUAGCAGAACAGUAUGGCAAGCUGUGCAUUGCACUUGAUGUUCUUCAUGAAUGUUUUGUUACUAUAAUCGAGCCCAGCACACGAAGAGAUCUUUCUGAAGAUAUUGUGUUCAAUAGAGAAUCAGGUCUCAGACGGCUUAAUUUUAGGGGAUUCUACACACUAAUUCUCCAGAAAGAUGGUGAGCUAAUAUCUGUCGGCACUUUUAGGGUAUGCGGGAAGAAGUUUGCUGAGCUACCUCUUAUUGGCACAAGAGUUCAAUAUCGUCGACAAGGAAUGUGUCGCCUACUGAUGAAUGAACUGGAGAAGUUACUUUCUGGCUUGGGGGUGGAAAGGCUUGUCUUACCGGCGAUUCCUCAGCUUCUGGAAACAUGGACAGGAUCAUUUGGUUUCAGAGCAAUGUCUUUCUCUGACAGGUUUGAAUUGGCAGAGAGCAGCAUUCUCAGUUUCCAGGGAACCACCAUCUGCCAGAAGAUUUUAGAUGUCGCGGUUCAUAAUCCAAGAGAUAUGAGCAUCCAGUUGGUGCUUAAUGCUGAAGAAAUGGAGUUGGGAAAGAACAGCAUUGUCAGUUUUGAAAGAACCACCGCAUGUGACACGGUUGUAAACAAUGUAUCCAAUCAUUCAGAAGACAUGAAGGUUACAAUGCAGAUCAACUAUAACAGUCUAGCAUUGGCAGAGAACUCUGUUUUCAGCUCUUGGGGAACCACUGUUUGUCAGAAGGAGGUUUCAUGUAAUGCAUUUAGCCAUCCAGAAGAGUUGAAUGGAUCUGACUACCGACUGGAAUGUACUAGUAUCGUCCGUGAGACAUUGGAAAGUGAUAGUCAAGACACUUCAGUGGGGGUAGAAGAUAGAGACCAACCGGAGCCUGAGCUGUUACUGGAAAUUCGGAGUAACAGUAGUGACGAGGGCAAUUGUGCUGUCGGUGUUCCCGUUAUUAUGCCAAACCCAGAAGUUAACUUUACAGUGGACAGUCAUGGACCGCCGUAUGACAGUGUUGGUGCAGAUCAGUGCAGCGAGAGUUGUGCUAUGACUGAGGUUAUUAAGACUGUUGCGGCAGCUCCAGGAUCCAAAUACAACGGUAAAUGCUACGAGCGGAAUAGAUGGAGCAACGGCCGUCGGAAACUACAAAUGAACGGCUACGGGGUCUCCACAAAAUGACCAGAACUGGGUUCAUUCCACCAAAGGUUUGGAUCCACGAGGCUUGCAAUCUUGUGCAAUAAACAUUCGGGCAAUGUGCAUAGUCAAAAGCUAAUUCGCUCUCUCUAGCGAGGGUUGCCUCGCGCAAAUCGGUUUCAAGCACUCAUAUUAUCAUGCUGGAAAAGAAAAUUGUUGUAUUCUGGAAAGAAAAAUGUUGUAUCAGUCUCUCUGGAUGUUUUCGCCCUGGCACUUCCAAUUCAAAUUGAUGGUUCUCAA